AUGUUUAGAUCCUCUACAAUUUCCUCAACUCUCCUAUUCUUAGGUACAGCUCUCCUUGGCUUAACAAUGACCAAGGAUAGUGAUCAUUGGGCUGUUCUAGUGACCGGCUCUAAAGGAUUCACAAAUUAUAGACAUUCUGCCGAUGUUUGCCAUGCUUAUCAUAUUAUGAAAAAUAAUGGUAUCCCAGAGGAAUAAAUUAUUUUAAUGUCCUACAACGACGCAGUUAAUGCCAAGGAAAAUCCCAUUCCAGGAAAACUAUACAACAAACCCAAUGGUACCGAUGUCUAUGAUGGCUGCAAAAUCGAUUAUGAAGGAGAUGCUUGCAAUUCUAAGAAUUUCAUCAAUGUUUUGAAAGGCAACUCCUCAGGAAUCGUUGGAGGCAAUGGUAAAGUCCUAAAGUCUAAUGAAAACAGUAAAGUAUUUGUCUAUUUCGUUGACCACGGUGCACCAGGAUUCAUAUACUUCCCAGAUAUCGAGAAUGACAAAUUAUAUGGAGAUGUUAUCAAUGCUACUCUCUAUGAAAUGUAUACAACCAAGAUGUAUAAAGAGCUAGUUAUCUAUAUGGAAGCUUGUUAUUCAGGAUCACUUUUCGAGGGUAUUCUCCCUGAAUCAUGGAACAUUUACGUCAUGACUGCUGCAAACCCACAUGAACCUUCUAGAGCUGCCUAUUGCCAUCCUCAAGACUAUGUUGGUGAUAUUCACAUGAAGACUUGCCUUGGAGAUGUCUUCUCAGUCUCUUGGAUGGAGCAGUUAGAGUCAGUUGAUGUUAAAGCAUUAUCGCUUGACGAACAAUUUUAAAUUGUAAAAAAUAACGCUAUCAAAGCUAGAUCCUCUCAUGUUUAAUAAUACGGUUAAAUCAAGGUUGUGGGAGUCCAACCUGUUAGUAACUUUGUUGGAGUCAGUGAUCUACCAGCUCCUGAGCAAUCACUUAGCUUCCUUGAGCAAGUGAACUUUAGAACUUUCAAGAGAACUCUGAAAACCUCAUCUAUAUAAUAUCCUACUGAUGAGCAGAUCUAAAAAUAGUUCAUAUCUACAAUUUCUGCUCAUGAUGUGCAUCUCCAUCACUUGUACACAGUUUUGUAGCUUGAAGGUGGCCCUAAGAUUUCACUAGACCUCGGUAGUGAUAUCUCUGAUAGAAUGAGAACUGAUCAUGUCUUCAAGCAAUUCAAUCCUAUGCUAGUUGGAGUUUCUAAAAGAUUGACUUAAGGUGAUGAUGGCCCAACUGGAACACUCCCAAGAAACUUUGAUUGCUUAAGAAAGCUUGUGAGAGCCUAUGAAAGUGCCUGCGGAGUAUUGAGAGAGUAUGCUCUUAAAUACGUUCAUUUAAUGGUUGAGGCUUGCGAAAACCUACCUUCUAAUGAUCCACUCGGUGAUAGUUUUGCUCAAUAACUCUAGAAUGCCUGUGAGCACUGA